AGAACACAACAUGUCGCAUGAAAUUUGGAACAGUGUCGUGCCCCCAAGAUAGGGAGGAAGACACGGGAACAGCAGGAAACGCAACAGGGGGAAAAGCCCGUGAGAUUUGGCCACGCUCUUCCCGUACCGUCCCCGCGACUCGCCGGAGCGCGCGCGCGCGCGGCGUGGGGGCCUAUGCCGGAGCACCGCCUGCCGACAUCCACCCCGGCCGCGGCCGGGCCCCGCCGCCAUUCCCGACGUCCGCGGCGCCGUUGCCGCCUGCUCCUCCUCCCGGCCUUUACCCUCGCGCUUCUCUCCCUCGCCUACCUCUCCUUCUCCUCCCACUCCAGCCUCCCCUUGCACGAGAAUGUUGGGAAGGAAAUGGACAAGAGGUACACACUCAAUGCCACCGUCAAGGAAAAUGUCUCUAUGGCUAUAGAAGAGUCUGAACCCUUCAUAAGAAAAAAGAAACCUCAUAAGCAUUAUGUGCCCUGUGAAAUUGAGUUUUUGCCGUCCGUUGAAAAUCUUGUGGAGCCUGCUGACUACAACAAUUUUACCCAGUUCUCAUUGAGCUAUAUCUUGAAAGAGGAACAUUUGGCUGGUAACGGAUCAUUGUUUGGAGGGCACCAGAGUCUUCAAGAAAGAGAGGGGACAUACUAUGCAAAAAACCAAAGUCUCCACUGUGGUUUUGUAGAAGGCCCAGACGGUUACCCUAGUAGUGGAUUUGAUUUGUAUGAACAUGACAGGGCUUAUAUGGAUACCUGCCGUGUUGUGGUGUCAUCAUGCAUUUUUGGAGGCUCUGAUUACUUAAGGAGACCAACUAAAAGCAAGAUCAGCUCAUACUCUAAGAAGAAUGUAUGCUUCAUCAUGUUCCUGGAUGAGCUAACGUUGGCAACCCUUUCCUCUGAAGGACACGUCCCUGAUGAAACUGGAUCCAUUGGUCUUUGGAGAAUUGUUGUAGUUAAGAACUUACCCUACAAAGAUAUGCGGAGAGCAGGAAAGGUGCCAAAACUUCUGGCUCAGCGACUCUUCCCAUCUGCCUUGUACUCCAUCUGGUUGGAUAGCAAACUGCGUCUUAAUGCUGAUCCAAUGCUUAUCAUUGAAUAUUUCUUAUGGAGAAAGAAAGCAGAAUAUGCCAUUUCAGUGCACUAUGAUCGCACAUGUGUCUGGGAGGAAGUGCUUCAGAACAAGCGCUUAAACAAGUACAAUCACACUGCUAUCGACGAACAAUUUUACUUUUACCAGUCUGACGGCCUUUUGAAGUUUAAUGCUUCUGGCCAAGAGCCUCUUCUACCAAGUUAUGUGCCCGAAGGAUCUUUCAUUGUUCGUGCCCAUACACCAAUGUCUAAUUUAUUUUCAUGCCUUUGGUUCAAUGAGGUCAACCGUUUCACCUCACGUGAUCAAUUGAGUUUUACAUACACUUACUUGAAGCUCAGAAGAAUGAACACAGGAAGAAAUUUUCACCUAAAUAUGUUUAAGGACUGUGAAAGAAGAGCAGUAGCUAAACUCUUCCACCACCGAACUAAUGGAACUACAGAUCCACCACCUUCUAAUCAUCGUAUGGAUAAAACUCAUUCAUCAACACCAAGCUAAGAUUGCAUUGAGGAAUUGAUGGCAAGACUACAUUUCAUUUUGAGAUGUGUACAAUGCAUCGAGGUGUUUCUACAGUUCCCUUUUGCAGCACAAAUCAUAGGAAGCACCAAUGUAUUCCGCUGUGAUCAGAGGAACAGAAAACACGAAGUCCCAAUCGUGCAUGUCUACUUUGUACAUGGCAGAAAUCUACCGGUGAUCACUUUCUCGGGAUAUUAUAGUCGAUUUCAACUCACUGCUGAUGGUCACUGCUCAUUGAAGGAACAAACUUACUGGUCGGAGAUCACCUAAGCAGUCUUUAUCAUUUCUAGACUAAGUUAGAACAUGUUCCAGGGAGAACAGGGCGUCGACCUGUUGGUUAGCAGUGCGGGAGCGCCUGCUGCCCACCCGGGCUCGAAUCCUCGGAUUGACGGGUGUUCAAGGAGCUUUCUUCUAUAAAGCUACGCCAGCCAGGGCUUGUACUGGCUGGUCGCAUUUUUUUUUAGAACAUGUUCCAGGACAAUUUCUGAAGGUUCUUUAUUAUAGUGCUCGGAAAAUUCUUGGAUGUAUUUUUUAUGUACUGCAACUUUUGAAUCAGUGAGCUUUGGUCGUAUACAAUGAAAUAAUCACAUCA